AGGUGACGCCUGGGCUCGGCCGUGGCUCGGGGCGGGCGGGACGAUGGCAGCGGCAGCCGGGCGGCUCCUGGCGGCGACCGUGGCUCGGUCGGGCCGUGCGGGCUGGGGCGAGCCGUGCCGGGCCUCGGUCGUGCCGCUGGUGCCCUCCCGGGGCGCCAUCGUCACCCGCAGCGGCGCCAUUUUGCCCAAGCCAGUUAAGACGCCCUUCGGCCUCCUCAGAGUGUUCAGCGUCGUGAUCCCUUUCCUGUAUGUUGGUACUCAGAUCAGUAAGAACUUUGCAGCCUUACUUGAAGAACAUGAUAUCUUUGUCCCAGAGGAUGACGAUGACGAUGAUUAAAAGCACUGGAACAGAAGAACAGAAGGGAAAAGGCCAUUGACAAAACAAUAGUUCUAACAUCUGUCACCUGUGUUUUGUCCUUCCUAAACGGGACAGGGGGCUUUGUAUCCCCUUUUGCCAGUGAGUGUCCUGCAUCUCUGUACGAUGGAAAUCUGUAGAUCAGGGUUGAAGGAAGUGCUUGAUAGGCCCUGCAUCCUUGCACACACACACUCACCUCAUCAAGGACUGCUUGGGAUGCCUUUAAUUAGCAACAUGGGAAACACUUAAUUAAAGAUCAAGAGAUUGACAUGUA